CUUGAGUGAUAUUGUUUCAGGGCGCUGAACUGUUGAGGAAAAUGUUCGACAAAUUAGUUUUGUUCUGUUUGUGCUGUUACUGUCUGGAUGGUGUGUUUGGUGAUUCAGAUGCGGUGAAGUCAGUGGCAGUGACGGAGGGAGAUUCAAUCACUCUAAACCCUGAUCUUACAAAAAACAAUCUGACAAUCUGAUCAUGUGGAACUUUAAAACUAACGGGCCUCUUAUUGCGAAACUCAAUCAGGCGACCAACGAUAUCUCGAUAAUAGAUGACGGUCCCGAUAACAGAUUCAGGAACAGAUUGAAGCUGGAUCAUCGGACUGGAUCUCUGACCAUCAUGAACGUCACAACUGAACAUGCUGCAGUUUAUCAAGUAACCAUCAGCAGCAAGACAAAGACUACAUAUAGAUUUAGUGUUACUGUCUAUACUCGUCUGCACGUUCCUGUUAUAUUAAGUGACUCCCCACAAAAUUCAUCAUCAUCAUAUUGUUCAUUGGUGUGUUCAGCAUUUAAUGUGAGUCAUGUGACUCUCUCCUGGUACAAAGGAAACAGUUUAUUGUCCAGCAUUAGCAUGUCUGAUCUCAACAACAGUCUGACUUUACGUCUGGAGUGUCUGGAUGAUUCCUACAGCUGUGUGGUGAGCAAUCCCAUCAGCAACCAGACUAAAUAUGCCAACAUCACUGAUUUCUGUCAGCCAUGUUCAGACUGCACAUUCUGUUGUCAUGCAUCUGAAGCUGUCACCCGAUUGGCCGCCUCUGUUCUGGUGGGCGUGGCUAUGGUUGUUAUUGUAGUUUAUGACAUCAUCACAUCCAGGAAAGGUGUAAAAGAGAGACAACCACCUCAUUAG